CCAAAUUUCCCGAAAUACCACUUAUAUCCAUGUUUUAAAUUUGUUCUUUGCCAAAUCUAUCCAUUUUCCAAUAUAUGUUUGGUUAAAUACACUUGUAUAUCCAAAAACACCGUUAAAGAAUGUGAAGUAAUUGGAUAUAAGUGGUAUUUCGGGAAAUUUGGAUAUUAUUGGCACAACCGUGAAAGUUUUGGAUAUACAAGUGUAUUUAACCUAUAUUUUUCUAUGAAAACAUGGAGCAACAAGGACAAACACUAAGGGAUAUUCUUAAGUAGUAUGAACAUGAGUAAGGUAAAGUAAGUAUGACAAAAUCAGAAUUGUCAUUCGACAUAAACUUAAACAGAAAACUGAAGAGCAACGGCAACAAGUGAUUGAGUUCAGUAGUUCCUCAUAGAAAAUUAUUGACUCUAGAGAUAGAGUAAUAUGGAGAAGACAAAAUUGUUUCAAGCACCGACAGAACCAGAAGCGCCCCUUGUUUCAACGAGAGGAGGACGGGUUAUUCACAUUUCAUUUGAUGGUCAGAGGCGAAUUGAAAGCUAAGCAGUGGUGAUUUGAAAGAUUUCCCGGUGGAAAAAUAGAGAUGUCUCCUGCGUUACCCCCAUAGGUUAUACAACAUGACAAAUACUUAGAAACCCUACAUUUAAUGACAAAUCUAAGAAUGCAGUUUUUAGCUAGCUAAUUGACCGAGUGAGGAAGAAAAUCAAAAUGUGAAAGAGUAAAACCACGUUGAAUGCAUCAAAAGAAGUUUUGAUUAAGAGCAUGGCUCAAGCACAAGGAACAAAUGCAAUGUCAGUGUUUCUCAUUCACCAAUGAGUAAUUCAAGAAUCACAAAGCCUAAUAGCAUGAUUAUUGCGGGGAAGAAAAAUGGAAGAACCUUCAUUAAGUAAGUUGAGAAAACUGUAUAUCAAAAGCGAAAGAAACUCACAAAUAUGUGACGAAUGCCAUUCUAUGGAUUGAAAGAAACUCAAGAGCACGUAACGCGUGAUUGCGAUUGGGCAGGUAGGGCUUGGAGAAGUAGUUUACUAGGAAGUUGUUUCUAAUGGGGGAGGAAAGAUCAUGUGAAAAAGGGUUAUGUAAAGUGUUGUAAAGAGGUUCAUAUGAGGGUAUGUUUUGUUUGCUACAACCCUAUGGUACAUAUGGAAAUAACCAUCUUUUGAACAACCCAAAAUUCUAUGAUUGGGAGAUAAUUAAGAGAUCACGGGAUUACCUCGAGGAAUUCCAAAUGUAUUAACUGUUCGAUGAACACAAAAUGUUGAUAAGGAGAAUCUAUAAAUGGGAAAAUCUGAAAAUGAGAAUCUAUAAACUAAAUUUGGAUGCGACCGUGUUAUCAACGCGAGGAAUGGGGUAUGGGCGGGUAAUUCAAGUUAGUGGAUGAGGUUUUUAGAUGACGAUAGUAAAGUGAACAAGGAUUUCUAGGCAACUAGAGCUCGUAGAAGCUCGAGAGCCCUAUGGGCUAUGGAAAUGGCCGACAUGCAUAGCUUCGGGCCGAUGCUUUCGGAAUUCAAUUGCCAGAAUCUCAUACGCAAACUCUAUCGAGAAGAGGAGUCGCUAUUGGAAAUUGGAUUUGUUGCAAGUGAGAUAAGGAAUUUGGAAGCGAAGAUUGAAAAUGUGAAGUGGCGUUUCUGGGGGAGAGCCGCCAAUGAAGCGAUGCAUCUGAUGGCACGCAUGCAGUGCCCGUGGGAAGAUAUAUAUUUAGCUGACUCGACGUUCGAUUUUCUUUUUCCUCAGCUCUAUGUUGUUGUGUUGAAGCUAGGAAUGAUAAAUGGUUAGUUGGUAAUCUGUUUUAACCGAUAACCGAACAACCUAUAACCGAUCCGAUAAUGGUUAAUUGAUAAUCACUAAUUUCUUACUGGUUCAAUUUCGGUUAGUUAUAUUUUGCUUAGUGGUUAACCGAUAACCGCCUGCUAGUAUAACCCCAUAGUUUUGAUCUUUCACUAAGGAAAAAAGUCUCAAGGUUUAAAACCAACCAAAGUCACAAUUCUAGACAUCUCAAUUUUCACUGAUUGCAUACAACCCUCCACCCAAAGUUUUAAAUUUGUACAGAACCCAAAAGUCAUCCUCUCCGACUCCCCUACUAGUCUUUGUUUCUUUUGAUGCUUGUGGAUGAUGAUGAUCUUGUGGUUCUUGUUUUUGAUGUUUUGGUAGUUGGUAUUCACUAAUUAGAUGAAAUCGUUUGAUUAUUUUAUGUGUUGGAGUUUGGAUUUGGAUUAUGAAUUCAAGAAGGAUGUUGUCUUGAUGUUAUUUCUUAUUGUUAGUAUUUUAUGUUAAUUAUGUAGAAGUCUAGUUACAUUGUUUUACAUGUGGUUAGGAUUAAAUGACACUUUUAAAAUUUAAUUGGACGAUGUUUCAUUGAUUUGUGUAUUACAAGUGUUUAUUUUUUUUUCACUUUUAUUACAUUUCAUGAAAGUAAAUAGAAGUUAUUUGUUUGAUUAGCUAUAUUUGUACUUGUUGGAACGUAUGUUAGUAGUUAUUAAUUAAUCGUCAAACUGACCGCUAACCGAACUGAUAAGAGACGUUAAUCGACAAGACUUAUAAGUUUGAUUAUCAGUAUGAGUUUUUUUCUUAUCGGUUAGUAGUUAACCGACACCGAACCGAUUGUCACCCCUUCCAAAAAUUUAUAUAAAGAGAAAAAGACUUGAAGAAGCCAACUUGAGAAAAUAUAUAAAAUAAAAUCUUAUUAAUACA